AUGAUAAUCGUCGACAACCUUUGGUCUCUGGCCGUCGCCUCUGGGUUACUGGCCAUAUUCCUCAAUAUACUGUGGGGGCGAUUCAAAGAAUACCAAGGACGCAAAGCCCAUGGCUGCGGCGUUAUCCCAUCUUAUCCUCAAUGGGAUCGCAUUUUCGGAUUCGAUCUCGCCUUGAGCCAAAUGAAGGCCCUCCGUGGAGAGACUUUUAUCCCAUGGCUGGCAGCUAUGCAUGAAGGCCAACCGAGCACAUUCAAGAUCCGUUUUCUCGGAAAACGCCAAAUUUACACCACCGAGACGGAUAACCUUAAGGCUAUGACAGCGAUCAACUGGAAGGAUUUUGGCAUCAGUCCUCUCCGACGCAGUACGAAAGCUUUCCACCCGUUCGCAGACAAAGGUGUCAACACCGUUGACGGGAACGACUGGGUGUUCAGCCGUCUCCUCAUGAAGCCGUUCUUCAAUCGCGAUGUUUAUACGAACACUGAUCGGAUCAGGCCGUAUGUGGACUCGUUAUUGUCUCUACUGCUGCCGGAUGGAGAGACAUUCAACAUCCAGCCCCUGCUCCAGCGAUGGUUCCUGGAUUUGACCACUGAUUUCAUCCUUGGCGAGCCUAUGGGGGCCCUCAAUCAUCCAGUCAAGGCCAAAAUCACAUGGGCCAUGCUGGAUGUUCUUCGUGGCAGUCGCCAGCGUAUGCAGGUCGUUCGCAUGAUCAAGUGGUUCAACUGGGACUGGUGGCUCAAGGCAGUAUACGAGGUUCAUGCCUUUGUCGACACACAUAUCACAGCGACUUACAAAGAAAUCGAAACCCGCAAGGCACGCAUCGCUGCUGGAGAGAAAGUAGGCCCUGAGCGGGAAGACCUUCUAUGGUACAUGGCAUCACACGACUCCGACUACGAAGACCUGCGGUCUCAAUUGGCCCUGCUGCUGGUCCCGAACAACGACACAACUUCGAUCUUCAUCAGUAAUGCCCUCUGGCACUUGGCUCGUCACCCGGAUGCGUGGGCAAGAUGUCGUGAGGACGUACUGACAUCAGUUCAAGGGGGUGAGGACGAAGCGGUUGUCCGUAUCUGCAUGAACGACACGACCCUCCCACGUGGCGGAGGCAAAGACGGCCAGUACCCCAUCUUCGUCCGCAGAGGUGACAUGGUCCAAGUCACCAAGACAGUACAGCAGCGCAAUCGGGAAUACUGGGGUGAAGACGCAGACGAUUUUCGUCCUGAGCGCUUCCUUGAGCUGAAGCCCUUCUGGGAGUUCGUGCCUUUCAGCGGUGGUCCUAGAAGGUGCCCAGCACAGAUGAUGGUCAUGACGGAGGCUGCAUACAUGUUGGCUCGUUUGGUAAUGCGCUACGAGCGAAUCGAUUCCAGAGAUGCGAAUCCAUAUCAUGCUAUUAUGCGGAUUGGACCAAGUAACAAGACUGGUGUUUUGGUUGCCCUCCACAAAGCACGCGAAGGAAAUUAG